UACCAAUAAUUGGAACACGGGUUGGGUCGGGUUCUACGGGUUGUGUAAUCUAAAAUCCAAACCCAACCCAAAUGAGGCGGGUUGUACAAAAGAAAACCCUCACCCAACCCAAAACCUUCGAUUUAGCGACAAAUACGGGUGGGUUGGGUCGGGUUGGACGGGUGGGUCGGUUUGCGGGUGUGUUUGUUCACCCCUAGCCUGAAUGGGCUGGGCAUCGUUAGUAAUCAGAUUGAAACUGAAUGAACCGGAUUAUAUUGUAAGUUAACAAAUAUAUCAGACUGUUAUAUUUUGUACAAACCGUAUCCUCUAUUAUCAGAACGAAACAAAAAUACAUUUCCGUACAAAGAAACAUAACAAAAUUUCGAUUAAUAAUUUCAUUUUAUCCUUCUCAAAAAGUACUACCACUUUAGCAACUUUUCAUGCUUACAAAACAACAAAAGAGAAUCGCUCAUUAUUUUUUAUUAAUAUAUCUUAUAAUGGCCAAAACGAUAUACUAAACCACCAUCCUGGUCGAUAUUUCCAUAAAUGUCUAUCACGACCUAAACUAUUACCUAUAAAAACUAUUUGUCCCAAAUCGAAAAAUUCACCGGUAAGUUAGAUGGUCAACACCGUUGAAUGACGAUUAACAAGUCAUGUGUCACUGCAAAUUCUCGUAAAACAAGUCAAACAAUUAAGUUAAAACGAAUCAGAGCAGAAUUGUCAUCCUAGUUUGAUAAUGUUACGUUUCUUUAAACCGAGUCAUAAUUUUCGGGUAAAGCUCUAGCCCAAAAACUAACUUAGAAAUUCAAGUUAGGCAAGCAGAAGAAGCUAACGCGUGGGGUAGUUGUUGAGAUACUUAUCGUUUAGAUUUCAAUAUAUUUCGUGCUAUAUUUUAGGCCCGUAAUCUCCACUUUAAUCCCGAAACCGCCAUCAACAACUCCUACAAAGAUCAGAGAUCCACAACCAAAUUGGAAAAAAACAAAAAACAGGGGAACCGAACAGCCAUGACUGAAUCCGAAAACGAACAAAGCCCCAAAGCAGCAGCAGCAGAAGAGGAAGGAGGACUGCUACAAAAGCUAGAUCACUUGGAAGAUUAUUGGGUCUCUCGCAAAGCGCAGUUAAAGGCAAGGAAACCAACCUUAUGCUCGAAUCAAUCGCCGCCAUCAUCUUCAGGGCGGAACAAAAACAGGGGAGCCUCGUCAAUGGUGGAAAACUCUCCACCGAGUUUAACGGCUUCCCUCCAACUGGGCGUUGGCUCUGCUCCGGCUACCGGGAGAUGGAAAGUCAGGACCAACGACUUGGCCGUUGAGGAAGUUCUGUUGGAGCGGAGGGCCGCCAUUGUCGAUGGCCGUCUCAAGGGAAGGAGGCUGUUCCAUGACGAUCAGCCGGAAACAGAGGAUGAUGAUGAUGUUACUGAUUUUGUCGACUGGUAUGGUUCCCAUCCUGAUGAUAACCAUUAUCAGGAUGAUCAAAAAGGAACGGAAGAAGAAGGGUUUUCUCCGGAUUCUUCUUCGUCGUCGUCUUCGUUCGUGUGUGAUGAGUGUCUGAAGAAAGCGGCGGUGGACGUCGUCAGGGGAAAAGACAGAGAGGAUACUACUGCUGCUGCUGCUACUACUCUGGAUUUGGUGCCUGCAAAACAUGUAAUUCCGGAGAAGAGACGGUCACCGCCGUCGUCGUUGAUUGCUGUUUCUCAGGGAAGGAGAUGGAAGGUUCUUCUGAUGGUCUGCCUCGCAAUUGGUGUCGUUGUUGUUGCUGAAUUCUUCAUCGACGGUUACGGCAACCGUGAUCUUGUUCCGACUUAGGAAUUUUUAUUUACUACUGCUACGGGUGAGUUUAGGAGUUAAUAGGUUAUCUUUGUGUUUUGCAAUCAAAAGAAAAAGAACAGAGCACAUAAGUAUCCGUACCCUUACGAAUUAUUAGGAUGUACAAAACUUGAAGUUCAUGUUAUCAGAGGCUCCUUCCAUAUUGUCCUCGUCCAUCAAUCUGAAAUGUAGGUCUCAUCGUCGCUAUCGCGCUGUAGACAUCUUCGAUGUUGUUGGGAAACAAGAGACGAGCUUCACAAGCGCUUGAUCGUCUUGAAAAUUUCAGUAGUGACUCGAGCUCUUGGCGACCAUUCAGUUCUAGGUUACGACCAUUUACGUGCAUGUUCACUUGCUUCAGGACGGCUCCAGCAUUGAGCAAAUAUGCUAAUCGUAUUCAUCUCGUCUUGAUAUGCUACAAGAUCCUUGAUCUCGAGUUCCUCCAGAGUUGACGACAAACACUCUGGCACGCUAGCAGUUUCCAAACUCUCCCACAGCAUUGGUUCUCCAGAGUGCUUCUUCAGCUUCUGCAGAUUUUUCAUUAUAAAAAUCAAUGCCUGUGGAUGGAAGGAAAUACCAAUGAACAAACGGAACGUCUGUGGACUCACCAUGUCAAUGACAAGAGAUUGGAGUUUGGAGGCGGAUUUGAGCAAGGAGUGCAAAAUCCAGCUACUGCCUCCGGUUCCGAUUGUCAAAUGUGUCAAAUUGGGAAAGACAGGAAGUUUAACAUCAUCCACCUCCCACAGAUUAUUCUGAAAUCACAGGAUUAUCUCGUAUGAACGCAAUUCAAUAAUGGGCAUGGUGUGAAAAUAUAUGUUGCUUACCAGAGUCAUGCGGGAUAAGCACAUUUUCUUUGCAUUGGAGAUCUGAGUGAGGAGCCUCAUCAGAAAACCAGUAGCCCGUAUCAACGUUGGCUGAAUUAAGGCAUGACAAAGGGCUACUACCCUUAAACUGCAACCUUGCAAACUGCUUAAGAUAAAGAUCCUCAAGAUUCGGUGCUUCAAUAACAAAGGGGCACAACAUCACAUCCCUUCUCAUAUCAUCACCAAUCUUCAGUUUCUUCAAGGAUGGUAAGGAAACCUCGAUUACGUGCUUCUUGGAAUUGAAAAAAGAACUGGGUUUGCAACUCUCCAGAUGAGCAGUCUCAAGAACAGGGCAGCCAGAAAGGAGUGUACCUAAUGAAUCCAAGUCAAUCUCCACAGAACAAAGCUUCAAGAUCUUC